AUGUUACCUGGAGGUUUGUCUGAAGCUAAACCUGCCACUCCAGAAGUCCAGGAGAUGGUUAAUGAGGUCAAGUCACAGCUUGAAGAACAGACCAAUGAGACUUAUGAAGAAUUUGAAGCUGUUGAGUAUAAAACUCAAGUGGUUGCUGGCGUGAAUUACUACGUGAAGAUACGAAUCGGCAAUGAGAAGUAUAUUCACAUAAAGAUGUUCAAAAGUCUGCCUGGAGAACAUCAGUAUUUGACACUCACUGGUUACCAGACUGGCAAAAGCAAGGACGAUGAGAUCGUGGGCUUCUUUUAG